GGAUACUUCUCUCACGCGGUUUCCUCACUGAGUUCAGACUGCCGCCGGGUCCCAGCACGGCAACAGGCGGGAGGGAGGGAUUCCCCUGUUCGUCGCCUCUCUGUCUUUCCCUGCCUCGGAACCGCCUGAGAGAAAAAACAAAACACUGAACCCAAAUCAGCAGCUGCUUCCCAGCCCGGCGCGCCCAUCUCUCCGCAGCGGCAUGUCCAGGACCCGACGCGCGGCGUGCUGUACGGAGCAGAAACGCUGAACCUGAGGGGAUUUAUUGACUAAAAGUGCAGUUGCAUUGCAGCCGAGAGGGACUCCGUACUCUAACUGAUGAGGCAGCCUCCAAAUGACGUCGAGAUGGCAUGUGGAACGCUUCUCCCGUCUUUUUCCACGUUCACCAGCGGCCCCGCUGACCGGAGCAGAGCCCUAGGAAGCGCGUACCCAAAAUGGAAGGAAGAGUUGACCCUGCUUAAGAUAUCCAGCGUACCAACAGGAGCUAACGGCUCAGACCCAGACCACCCCCCUGCCACCAGCAUAACCAGCACCAGCAUGUCCAAGAAGAACACGGAGCCAGACUUGGACCUAGACUACGACUUUAUUCUGUCCAACUCGAUCCUGCAGCAGCAACAGCAGCAGCAGGAGGACGCCCUAGCGUGCAGCUCUGCUCAGGCCAUGUCUUCUUCUCCUGGUUCUUUCUCCUCAUCCUACCAGCUUCCCUCCCCACAGGACACUACCAGUGAGCUGCUGUACACCAUCCCAGACAUCAGCGACGUCUCGCCCUCUGGAGGCUUUGUGGCAGAGCUCAUGAGGCCCGAGCUGGAUCCUGCAUACCUUCAGCCCACCAGCCUCCACGGAAAAUUUGUGGUCAAGACAACAAUGGACAUGGGAGAAUACAGCCAAGGCAUGACUGUGAGCAAGGCCUGCGUCAGCGCGGUGUUGGACUCCACUCCUUCGCGCUUGUCGCCGUCCUUUACAUGUCACAGGAUAAAGCAGGAGAACCCCGGUAACUGCACCAUCUCACAGCCCAUGGACCUCCAUCUAGCUGGGGUAAACAACCAAGGCCGAGGCACCCAGCAGCAGCGUCCCAGUCACUUGGAUCUACACGGGUUCUCAAGCGGAGGCCGGUCCAUGACGAGCAGCAGGCUGUCCUCAUCCUCUUCCAUGUCUCCGGACCAUCCCCUCAGCCGGGAGCACCAGCUGGGCCAUCCGGUGUCCCAGAUCUCAAUACCUCCACAGGGGUACCACCAUGGUGGCUCUCAGGGCUACACCGCCUACUCACAGGUGUCUUCCAUGCAGUACCCAGAGGCCCUCAUGAUCUCUAGCGGGGACUGUUUGCCAGAGGAACCCAAGCCCAAACGCGGCAGACGCUCCUGGCCGAGGAAGAGGGUGGCGACGCACACGUGCGACUAUGUCGGCUGUGGGAAAACGUACACGAAAAGCUCCCACCUGAAGGCACAUCACCGCACACACACAGGGGAGAAGCCUUACCACUGCGACUGGGAGGGCUGUGGCUGGAAGUUUGCACGUUCAGAUGAGCUCACUCGCCACUACAGGAAACACACGGGUCAUCGGCCUUUCCAGUGUCAGAAAUGUGACCGGGCCUUUUCCAGGUCAGACCACCUUGCUCUCCACAUGAAGAGACACUUAUGAGACUCUGCUGAUGGGAGGACAGCACGACAAACCGAAGGCUCGACAAAAGACGAGGACAAAUUACAGCUAUCGUAUUUACGGAAACCGGAACAAACUGACGUUUCAAACUUGCCUUCGAGCUGGAGUCGAGCAGCAAGACGAGCUGCGGCCUCCAUGGCGAAAAAGAGCACUACCCUCCAGGCCGAUCCUCCACGGCGUGCAGAUGACUCAACCAGGGUUGUGAAACGUUUUAUGAAAGGGGACCAAACUGGAAGUUGUCUUAUUUAACCGACAAAACUUGGUGGACCAGGUUUUUUUUAAACUGGAAAUGUCAGGGAAACCAGGAGCAACAGACACAGCAUCUCCAGAGGCCUUCUGCCACGUUAACUACACACACUGUUAAAAACUGUAUUAAGAAGUAUAUUUAUACUCCGAUUUCACCUGCAAUACCAUCUUAUUUCAGGUACAUUCACUUACGCAGAAUGGUGCUCAGAAGGUUUCUUUUAAAACCAAAAUAAAUUAAAAAAAAAAAGGUACCAAAGAUUAAAGAAAGAAGCAAAAAUAAGUGCCAUGCAGGAGUUGGUGUGUUUCUCAGAGACCUCACUUCCACAGUCUGACUUCAGGUGAACAUUUUCUUUUAUUUUUUAAUGGCGAAGGCAAUCUUUGAAUGCACUGCAGCUGCAAAGUGCAAUAAUUUAUAUGAAGCAUUCAUAUUUUUGUAUUGAAUGAUUAACUCUGAACAAAGAUUUUUGUUUAUAGCCAGAAUAUGUAAUAUAAUGUUGACCUUUGUACAUUUGUAAAUAAAAAUGCUUUGUUAUGGUUUUCUAUUACACUGUAUAAUGAAAUAAAAUGUAUUUGGAAUAAA